CCGGAUGAUAUCGAUUAAAAUCAGAAUGAACACAGUUAUCCUGAAGAUAUGGUAACAUCUGCUCAUGUAUCUUAUCAAGGAACUUGCUAUAUAACAGUAGGAGACACAACUUGCAAACACAUUACACACACUCUGCUGUGAGUUAUACGUUCUUACGGUUGAAGAGAAAAUAAAGAAAUAAAGAUGAAGAGCUUCAUGAUCAUCGUAGUGCUGUCAGCCCUCGUAGCCUGCUAUGAUGCCGCUGUCCUCCCGAGCGAGGAGAUGUCUCAAGUCACCAUAGUAUUCGACGACAAGUCACCCAACGGAAUGGUUCUAUCUAGAGCUGAUUUUAAUGCCAGAUAUGAGCACUUUGUACUACUGUCUGAAUCGAAAGAUUUCGUGCCGGCUGUCGAAGGCCAAGAACAGAGCCUCACCAAGGUGUAUCGAGCUGAGAGCGGGGAGAUGUCUCAAGUCACCAUAGUAUUCGACGACAAGUCACCCAACGGAAUGGUUCUAUCCAGAGCUGACUUUAAUGCCAGAUAUGAGCACUUUGCACUACUGUCUGAAUCGAAAGAUUUCGUGCCGGCUGUCGAAGGCCAAGAACAGAGCCUCACCAAGGUGUAUCGAGCUGAGAGCGGGGAGAUGUCUCAAGUCACCAUAGUAUUCGACGACAAGUCACCCAACGGAAUAGUUCUAUCCAGAGCUGACUUUAAUGCCAGAUAUGAGCACUUUGUACUACUGUCUGAAUCGAAAGAUUCCGUGCCGGCUGUCGAAGGCCAAGAACAGAGCCUCACCAAGGUGUAUCGAGCUGAGAGCGGGGUCAAAAUCAGUAUGAUCUCUAUAACUGCUCAUUUCAGUCACCUUCCUGAGAUAGUUCGUUCUCCACUGGGGAAGAAUUACAUAGAAAUAACUUUGAAAUCUCGUGUCGGUGAAGGUUUGAAUACAACUAUUCAAACAUACAGGUGGAAAUGAUCAUACAACUGAUGCUCGUUCAUAAAUAAAUAUUGUUGCACUCCUCAUGAAUACUCUUACUCUGCUUGAAUAUUGUCAACCUCAAAUAAAUCUUAAAUGCUUAAAUAAAUAAUAUUGAUAAUCCGA